AUGGAGCCCAACGGGACGGCGGCGGCGGGGGACAACGGGACGGCGGCGGCGGCGGCGAGCGGCGGGGGUGCCCCCGGGGGCGGCCCCCUGCUCAUCCCCUCGGCCUUCGGGACGGUGCUGUCGGUGAUGUACGUGGCCGGGGUGGCCGGCAAUGUCUACACGCUGGUGGUGAUGUGCCACUCGGCGCGCUGCGCCGCCCCCAUGUACAGCUCCAUCGUCAGCCUGGCCCUGGCCGACCUGCUCUACCUCUCCACCAUCCCCUUCAUCGUCUGCACCUACCUGGCCCAGGACUGGUACUUCGGGGACCUGGGGUGCCGCAUCCUGCUCAGCCUGGACCUGCUCACCAUGCACGCCAGCAUCUUCACCCUGACCCUCAUGUGCACCGAGCGCUACCUGGCCGUCACCCGGCCCCUGGACACCCUGAAGCGGUCGCGGGGCUACCGGAAGGUGACGGCGGGGGCUGUGUGGUCCGUGUCGCUGCUGCUCACGCUGCCCAUGAUGCUGAUGGUCACGCUGACCGAGGGGGGCAAGGCGGAGGGCAAGGUGAAGAGGAUGUGUGCGCCCACCUGGAGCGUGGAUGCCUACCGGACCUACCUGACCGUGCUCUUCAGCACCAGCAUCAUGGCCCCGGGCAUCAUCAUCGGCUUCCUCUACACGCGCCUGGCCAGGACCUACCUGGAGUCCCAGAGGAACCCCCCCCACAAGGAGAAGAGCAAGAGAUCCCCCCGGCAGAAGGUCCUCAUCAUGAUUUUCAGCAUCGUGCUGGUCUUCUGGGCCUGCUUCCUGCCCUUUUGGAUCUGGCAGCUGGUGCGCCUCUACAGCAGCUCCCUGCAGCUCACCACCCAAACCCAGAAGUGCAUUAACUACCUGGUGACCUGCCUGACCUACAGCAACAGCUGCAUCAACCCCUUCCUCUACACCCUGCUCACCAAAAACUACCGGGAGUACCUGCGCAACAGGCACCGCAACUUCUACAGGUUCACGUCGUCCUUCCGCAAGAGGGGCUCCAACCUGCAGUGCUCCUGGGGCCGCUCCAUGUCCUCCAGCAACCAGUAUGACUACAGCUCCGAGGCGCUGGGCAUGGCCACGCUCAAGGACAAGUGAGGAGCAGGAGGUGCUCCCAGCACACAGGACCAGCACAGCGUCCGGCCAAGGUAGGGCUCUGGGACCCCCUAGCCCUGAAGGGUUCCAAACCUCAUUGCUAGCCAGGGCAAGAAGCCGUGUGAGUCCAAAUGCUGCGAGAUGAGUCUGAUUCCAUCGGGCUGAGGGCUGUUGGGGGGUCCUGCCGGGAUCCAGCAGCUGUUUGGGAUGACUCCUGCAGGGUUUGGGGUGCAGAAGAUGAGGUGGAUGCUCUGUUCAGUUCUGCCACAAACUGCUUUCAUGCUUGGCUGAGUUUUGGCUCCAGCUCCGCACACCGAUUCUCUCGUGUGGUUUCUCCGUGCUGCCUUGGGGCUGCAGCUGGGUCAGAGCUGCAGAAAUCUGAAACUGGCCUGGUAUCACUUCACUGAGCUGCCAGCCUGGGGUUUGCCCUCUGUGUCACCGUUGUCUGUUUCUGGAGUGUGUAAAGAGACUUUUAAGCCCCUUUUCCUAUUUUCUGUUACAUUAUGGUGCACUACUGUUCUAUCAAGCUUAAAGUCCCUAUUUUAAAAUUCAUUGCAGCAGCACUUUGAACUCCAAGCAUUCAAAAACCACCAGGUAAGCUGUCAGAAACCACAGGAUUACCUAAAAAAAAACCAUUGUAAUUUUUUAAGGUUUCUACCUAAGGUGGUUUGAAUUUGCCACUGAUUUUUUUUUUUUUUUUUUAGAGUUGGUCCUUUUCUUAAAAGUCAACAGAGCUUGACAAACCUGAAAAUUUACCUUGGAAGAAAUAAAAAAUUAUUUAUAAUCCUAUCACUCAAAGACCUGAGGCUCUAAAAAAAAUUACUGACUCCUAUAUCAUGAAACUCAUAAUAAAAGAGACACAUUUUUUCAUGACAUUUGAUCAGAAACCAUUUUGCCUCAAUGUAUUCUGCUCAUUUUCUCCCUGCUUGGCAUCUCACAGUAAGCCUUCACCACAGAUCCUGGAGAUGCCUGUAAGCACUUAAACAAUUGUAAAGUGUCAGUUUAUAAAUAAAUGCUUCUUAAAAAUGGACUAUC